AUGUCCUUCGCUCCGCCACCAGGCCCGCCGCCUCCCUCCGUCCCAGAGGGAUGGAAAGCCCAGUUCGACGACCGCUACAAACAAUGGUUCUUCAUCGACCUCAGCACCGGCAAAUCCCAAUGGGAACCUCCCGCCGCCACACCCGCCGCUCCACCCCCCUCGGAACCCAUCCACGCUCCCCCAACAGACGCACCACCCCCGUCCUACGAAGCCGCGGGCCCCGCAAACCCCGCCGCCCUAGCCAGCGCCGCCGCCGCUGACAAGAAACGACCCUUCUCCUCGAACAACCCGUACGGUCACCCGGACGGCCCAUCCACAUCCACCCCCAGCACGCUGGACAGCGACGCCCGGCUCGCGGCGCAGCUCCAGGCGGAGGAGGACGCCCGCGCGCGGGGGAGUCACAGCCCGGCCCAGCCGCAGCUGCAGAAGGGUGACUCUGGCGCCGCGGCGGAUUACUACGCUGAUGCUGCGCGGCCGCAGGCCUCGCCUGCCGCGGCGUCACCGGUUCCUCCGGCCGAAACCAAGUCGAAGAGUAAGGGCUUCUUUAGUAAGCUGAUGGGGAAGUCGUCCUCGUCCUCGUCGCAGUCGCCGGCGGGAUACGGAUACGGUCGUCCCGCUCCGCCGCCGCCCCAGCAGCAGGGGUACUACCCGCCGCAGCAGGGGUAUGCGCAGCCUGGCUACUACGGUGGAUACCCGCCGCAGCCCGGGUACGGGGGCUACCCGCCCGCACACGGAGGCUACUACCAGCAGCAACAGCAGGCGCAGCGACGGCCCGGGAUGGGGAUGGGGGCGAUGGCGGGCGCCGCAGCGCUGGGUGUCGGCGGCGGGUUGAUUGGAGGGGCGUUGUUGGCGGAUGCGAUUGACGAUCAUGAUGAUUAUGGGGGCGGGGAUUAUGGCGGUGGGGAUUUUGGGGGUGGAGAUGACUUUGGAGGUGAUUUCUAG